AUGGUUCAUCCCGUCGAAUUCUUCAUUGAUUGGUAUAUGGUGGCCAACCGGUUGAAACCAAAAUGUUUAAUGAAGGAUUUGGUUAUCCUUGGUUCUGAUGCAAGGCAUAAUUGCCCCUUUUUGAUAGUUCUGCCCCCACUUCAUUUUGAUCGAGUUUGGUUUGGGGUUUCUCUCGACUGUCUUGCUCUUGUGUUGGUUGUGCUUAUCUAG